GACUCAAAGGGGUUUUGUCUCUUAAACAUCAGCAGAACAGACCAUGAAGUUCAUCCACACUGACAGGCAAUGUAGGAUCCACAAGCUGUGUCUGGCCCCUGUGACAUCUCUGACCUUUCUCUGUGAUUAAACCGGGACUGGGACAAGGACAGGGACAGCCAUGAGUGAAGACACUGAUGGACUGGCAGAGCUGGACUCUGAGCACAAUGCAGAGCUGGCCGACAUGGUGGCCGCCAUGAGCAUGGCAUCCAACCGGAUGACCCCGCCCAACGGUCACCGAAGGCCCCCUGCACCAGCGCGCCGGAAGCUGUCAUUGUCAGACAGGAAGCUAUCAUUGCAGGAGCGAUCGACCCAGCCGCGAGAGGCCCGACAGCCCACCAUCGAGUCCAAGCGGGUGUCCAUUUCAGAUUCCCAGAAUUGUAUCCAGCUCAACCAAUACAAGUUGAAGGAUGAGCUUGGAAAGGGCUCAUAUGGGGUGGUGAGAUUAGCUUACAAUGAAGAUGAUGAACAAUACUAUGCAAUGAAAGUUUUUUCAAAAAAGAAGUUGAUGAAGAUGUGUGGAUUUCCUCGGCGUCCCCCUCCUCGAGGAGCCAGCACAGAACAGGGACUGCCACCCAAACCCCUGGGGCCACUGGAGAGAGUCUACCAGGAGAUCGCCAUCCUGAAGAAACUAGACCACCUUAACAUUGUCAAUUUGGUGGAGGUUCUCGAUGAUCCUGCUGAAGAUAAUCUCCACAUGGCCUUUGAGUUAAUGCCAAAAGGCCCAGUGAUGGAGGUGCCCUCAGACACUCCUUUCACAGAGGGACAAGCCCGCUUCUACUUCAGAGACAUCCUCCUGGGGAUUGAAUACUUGCACUACCAGAAGAUCAUCCACAGAGACAUCAAGCCUUCCAACCUGUUGCUGGGAGACAAUGGGCAUGUGAAGAUUGCAGACUUUGGUGUCAGUAACCAGUUUGAGGGGAGUGAUGCUCUCCUGUCCAGCUCAGCAGGGACUCCAGCCUUCAUGGCCCCCGAGAUGAUGACUGACCAUGAACAGAGCUUUACUGGCAAGGCCUUGGAUGUGUGGGCCAUGGGAAUUACCCUGUACUGCUUUGUCUAUGGGAAGUGCCCUUUCAUCGAUGAAUACAUCAUUGGUCUGCACAAUAAGAUCAGGAACAGGCCUGUGGAGUUCCCAGACAUGCCGGAGGUUUGCAAGGAGUUGAAGGAUCUUAUUGUAAGGAUGCUGGAUAAAAAUCCUUAUACAAGGAUCACCAUUCCUGAAAUCAAGGAGCACCCGUGGGUGACGGAGGAUGGCACUGACCUUCUACCCCUGGAGGAGGAACACUGCACCGUGGUGGAGGUCACUGAGGAGGAGGUCCAGAACUCUAUCAAACUCAUCCCCAGUCUGUCUGCUGUGAUCCUGGUGAAGUCCAUGCUGAGGAAGAGGUCCUUCAGUAACCCUUUUGUGUGUCAGAACAGGAGGGCAGAGAGGUCCAUGUCUGCUCCAGGAGGUUUCCUUGCAGACUCUUGGGGGAUUUUGGAAUCCAAGGUUCAUCCUUCGUUGAGGAAAUCAAGCAGAGUCGGAGAGUUGGAUGGAAGCGUAGAAGGAGAGUUGGAGGACCUUACUGAAGAUGAUGGUACAUUUGCAUAGGCCUGCUGGUAAACCUGCUCCCACACCAUUCUUUCUUUGUUUUUCUUUUCUUUUCUGAUUGACCUGUUUAAAUUAUAGGACAGACCUGUUUAAAGAAAACUCUUUGCUGUAUCUUCACAUAAUAUGUCAUAUUAAUGUAAUGUAUUUGAAGAAAGAUCCAAAUGAAAGAGCUCACCCCGAUACAGUCUUUUAGAAAGAUUUGUGAUAAACCUUUAUAUAUCAUAUAAUAACAGUACAAACCAUGUGUUAGUUUUUUAAAACUUUCGUCUUAUCCCAACUGCAUGAUGUUUGUGUCUGUUGUUAACAUAGGUUUCAUUGUCUAUUCAUGACUGCACUAUAGUACUCUUAAUAGUCUGAAUGCCUUUUGUACGGUUAGCUCUGUGUUUCUACAAAUAUUGCACCUAUGUGCUCAGCUGAAAUGUGGUUGUUACAAUGCAAAUAUUUACCAUUCUAAAGAAGUCAUUUUUGCAUGCUUUCAUACAGUUGAUGUUGACGAUAAUUAAAGUUAGCAAAUGAACAUUCUUGUUUAUUCCCUGUAUAGCUCUCUCUAACAGGAUGUGCUGACUCUUGCACGCAGGUGUUAUUAACGUCCUAUAGUGCAAGCAAUCUUUCAUCUGGAGCUGUUUAAAAAAAAGAGUAGGACUAAAUGCUUUAUUAUCAUUUUUCUUUACUGUUGUACAAAUUGAAGUGAGUAACAUCACAUCUAGAACUCUAUCAAGAUGUCAAAUGGACUUCUGGAACAUGUGUCAGAAUAGCCUGACCACAGCUUUUAGGACAACAUACAGAUUUAAGAGUGAAAAACAAGUUAUGUCGACACAAAGUCUGCAUUACGAGGAGCAAAAAAGUGGAGCUUAUUCUGAAUCAUCUCAGCUGACAUGAAAGUUAUAUAAUAUGACAAUGUAAACACCUGAAUAAGACAAAAUACCUUUUUUCGGUUUGGCUUUUUUCAUUGGUGCUUUUGAAAUUCUGAAGUAUAUCACAUAAUUUUCAACAAUAUGGCCACAUAUUUGUUCAUAUUGAUAUUCCCUCAUGUCAUAGCCCAGUAGGCUAUUCAAAUAUGGCUCUCUGACACCAUCCACAUGUUUUUUGUAAAAAAACAAAUGGAAUAACCCUUGUAUUAUUGUGACAGGGUAGGAACCUGGGCCCAGAUUCACAAAACCUUCUUAAGAGAAAUGUCUUCUUAAUACACCCACAAACUUAAUCUGAAAGUUUCAGUAUUGAUUAUUUCAAACCCAAGAACAUGUUUUAGAACAGUAAUCGCAAUAAUAAAUAUGCUAACAUGAUUACCAUUGCUAGCUAGCUAGCUAGCUAAUUUGGUUGCCUAGAGAUUACUGUUCUAUAACAUGUUCUUGGGCUAAAAUAAUCAAUACGGAAACUAUUUUAUCUAUCAUAGAAUUUCCAAUAACUUUAGUUCAAGAAUCUACAUUUCUUCUUAACUUUUUGCUUCAGGAGAAAUAGCUCAAGAACAUUUCCAAUAACCUUUUUGAAGAAUAGCAACUUUGCUUAACUUUCUUCUUAAGUCUAUAGUUAUGGAGAAAAUGGCAGUUAAGAAGACAUUUCUUCUUAAGAACGUUUUGUGAAUCUGGGCCCCUCUGAAUGGGCCUCUGGGACCUUAAUUAGGAUGGGACAGGUCGAAAGUAUCAAAGCGCCCCUAUGACGUGUUUAGGUAAGAGAUUUUGUACCUGAAGUUGAUGGAGACUGUGUCUGAGAACCAUGCUGUUUUGAAGAAAUGUUUGGGGUAUGUGCAAUCUACUAAGGUAUGUGUCUACUUUGAUUUUCAGUGUUUGUUUAUUCAAAAUUGAAAGACAUAUAGUCAUAGGCCUUAUGUUCAAUGUCCCUGUUUCUUUGUAAAUAUACCACUAGAUGGCACCCUUCUGUCUAACUGUAUCUAUUGUGCCUCAGGACAGUUUUUUUCUCUAUUGUUCUUCAUACAGAGGCUACAUUAGGCUUGCUUCAGACAUAUUAUAGUGUAUUUCUGUAGAAUGAUCUAAUACCACUUGCCAACGACCACAAUGAAACAUCAUGCCAUUUGUCCCAUGCUUUUUUUCUUUCAACGGUCAGGGAACACCUUGAUGUCACACAAUGCAUGUAAAGGUGUGCCCACUCUUGAUAAGAAAGAGGUGCACAUAUGAAGUCCAUACGUCACUGUCAUGCACUCCUCAGCAAGAGGAGGUAAAAAAUAGGUGUGUUUAUCCUGUGUACUAUAGAGCCAUUUAUCUCAAGGGGCUGUCAUACUAGUCAUAUGUGUUAUGAUAGGGGAUUUGGAUUGACACACAGUCCCUUUAUCUAAAAUGAACACUCCAGGGGUUAAGUUUCCCUACAUUGAAGUGAGUGACUUACUGCACAGGUGUUAGGGGUACCUGCUAAAUGCACAGCCUCCAUGUGAGCUGUAACAAAAUAAAAAAAGGCAUGGUCAUUAAUUUAUUGAAACAUGCACAUCACUUUGGACCAUGUUUAAUCAUUUUUCACAUUAGUUGGCUUUUUUUGUGAUCAGUUUGUUUUCCCAUUGAUGUACAUGGCACUCCUCGAAAUCCACAGUGUAAUGUUUCUGAGCAAAGGUUACUGUGGAAACAGUUGCCAAGCAACAGCACAGUAGUCCUCUGUUUUUGAUCGGACCACACCUUAGAAAUAGAAUGCAUAAAACUGGCUUGUUUCUCCACACGAUAUAUAAAAAUACACUGGUCUACUAAUAGAGGUACAAUUCAGGUGACAAUCGAUUGUUGUGAUUCCUUACAUAAAAUAGGCUACACAGGAAACAGAAAAUGUGUUGUUCUAAUCCCGUAUGAAGUGCAUACCUGUGUAUUGUAGAUCACACCUCCCCUUUGUGCUCCAGAGACCACCAACCCUUCAGCACAGCCUGUCUUCUUUGGGAGAACUGUAUGCUGUAUAGCUGAUCAUUUUCUGCUCCCUUGCCAGCAACAUCUGCCAUGACAGCCUCAGCAACAGGCUGAGCCAUCCAGGCCAAUGCAGAGGACCAGCUAAAGCCACUACAGCUGUUACAACCCAGUCAGCACCAUCAUGGGCUUGGUUUUCUCAGACUCCAUUUCCCAUCCCCAACUCUGUCAGUCUGUUCUAAGUCACUCACGACUCCAUCAUGCUAGCAGUCAUGUUGCCCAUGUCACUUUCUCUCUGAGCUUCGUAUAACUGACUGGUUUGCAAAACCUGGCUUAGACACACGUUAAGGUCCAGGUUGAUUUUCACACAAAGACCAUGCUGGUGUCACUGACAUGCAAUGUCUUACCAGACGUAGCUUCCUAAACCAACAAAUUAAAUCAUCACUUUCAGGACUGCCACUGCGGCAGAAAGCUCAUUUCUCGGCUAUACUCCUUGGUAGACUGUUUUCACUGUUCCUCUUUUCAUGAUUCUUAAUUAAAAAAUGUUGUUUUUAACUCGAUGCGAAUAACUACAGAUUACACAGACAGUCUUCUCAGAGUAUCUGUUUUCAUUUGCAAGGUCUUGACAAAUCUUCACAGCUGUUUACUGUCUCUGUUGGGUGUGCUCUGUCUCUCUCUGUGUGUGGAUACUAACCAACCAGAAGCAACAAUAGAUAGCAAAAACAGAAAAAACACAAUUACAAGUUUCAAUCAAAGAGUGCAUGAUUCACAUGAUCAAAAAGUGCAACAACAGGAAAUAAAAUGACUUUUUGCAAUGCUCAAGCCAAGCCUUUGUUGCUACCGCUGUUUUUGGCAGUGUAAUCCUAUGGCCGUGUUUGUUGUAGCUUUUGUAUCAUGAGGUCUGUGCAGUAGGUACUGUAUGUUAUUUAGGUUUGUGCUAUGUGGGCUCUCAGUAUGUCACACCCAGCAGAGGGAGAUUACCUCUAAUGUCCAUAGUCCUGAUACUUGUAAUUUUUCCUUCGGGAUGCCCCAGAUCCCAGACAAGUGAUCCCACUGGCCAUGCUCCCACUGGCCCGGCUACAUGUGCCCCCCAGGCUCCUCCGUGGAUGUAGGCUUCUACUUCUACUGCCUAAUGGGCAACCCCUACUUCUACUGCCUAAUGGGCAAGCCCAGUACAUACGGUCACUGUGGGGAUGACGUCGUCAAUGCACUUAUUGAUGAAGCCAAUGACUUAGGUGGUAUGCUCCUCAAUGCCAUUGGAUGAAUCCCUGAACAUAUUCCAGUCUGUGCCAGCACAACAGUCCUGUAGCAUAGCAUCCGCGUCACCUGAUUGUAAGCAGGAAUCAGGAGGAUAGAAUUAUGGUCAAAUUUGCCAAAUGGAGGGCGAGGGAGAGCUUUGUAUGCAUCUCUGUGUGUGGAGUAAAGGUGGUCUAGAGUUUUUUUCCCUCUGGUUGCACAUGUGACAUGCUGGUAGAAAUGAGGUAAAACAGAUUUAAGUUUGCCUGCAUUAAUGUCCCCGGCCACUAGGAGUGCCCCUUCUGCGUGAGCAUAUUUUUUUUUUCUUAUGGCCUUAUACAGCUGGUUGAGUGCGGUCUUACUGCCAGCAUCGGUUUGUGGUGGUAAGUAGACGGCUACGAAUAAUAUAGAUUAACUCAGCUUGGUCUACAGCUUAUCAUAAGGUACUCUACCUCAGGCGAGCAAUACCUCGAGACUUCUUUAAUAUUAAACAUUGCGCACCAGCUGUUAUUGACAAAUAGACACACACCUUCGCCCCUCGUCUUACCAGACGUAGCUUCUCUGUCCUGCCGAUGCAUGGAAAAUCCCACCAGCUCUAUGUUAUCCUUGUCGUCGUUCAGUUUAUGUUUUGAUCUUUCUUGUAUAAUAAAAAAGAAAAAAAAGAAGUUGCUUACCUACUGGUAGAUGAAGAUAAAUGUUACAUUUAUUAGUCACGUACAGUACUACAGCUUAUAGUUAAGGGUGAAUGCCAUAUCUUUGUCAGUAAACAUUGUAUCCCAGAGUAGCUUCAGGAGGGAGUCAAGCCUUUCAAAAUAACAACCCAGUACCCAUACAAUAUACUACAGCCAGGUGCACUCUAAAGCAUAAACUGUAGACUUAACUCAAUCUGUGCACAGAGAGUCAUACACAUACUGUACACACCGAAGAUACACUCCUAACCCCAAUGUGUCUGUAAUAUCAACAGGAAAGCACGAAGAGAGAAGAGAUGGAACUUCACCAGGAAGUCCACUAUUCUCCCGGUGUGGACUCUGAGAAGGUGAACUCCUCUCUCUCUCUCCAAAGGGUGUGCUCAGCGUCAAGGUCCCACUGCCCAUGCCAGCUGUCCAGGAAGGAAGGCUCUCCAUGGCCAUCAGCAAGAAGUAAACUCCCCAUGAGGAUAAUGUUUGGGACUAGCGACUAAUAGCUAACAACCAAUCAUAGCAAGAAGAGUCAAGCAUACAGAUCAUCUGCAGUAGAAAUUCGUCAACUGGAGAUAAGCGCUUACAGACUAUUAGUAACAUUUCAACUAACUAUCUACUAACCCUAACCUUAACUUUUAUCCUAACCCUAAACUUAAUCCUUACUCUUACGCUAGCCCUAGCCCUAACUCGAACUCUUACCCAAACCCUUAUUCUAAACCUUACCCCAACCCCAACUGUAACCUUAGCAAGCAGUUGCUUAUCAACAAAUAGUUUGUAGAUAGCAUGAUCAUCUGUAGAGCAUCUACGGAUGGACUAUCCAAAUAAAGUGUGACCAUGUAAAUGACCAUUUAUGUACACUUGAUGCUGAAUGAAAGUGAGUUGGGAGAUAAGUUUCUACCUGGAAAUCAUUAUUUCUGCAGCCUCAUGUUUCAAUCUUCUGAUUUCAAAUAUAUAUACUGUACAGUGCUUUUUAAAAUGUAUUUUCAAUAUCGUAGACAUUUCCAGUGAAUUAUAGGAAGAGGAGCAGCUAAGGAGAGUUCUCUAUGCUGUUUUACUCAUGGGAGGUUUCUUAAAAACUUCAGCUGAAAAUUCUGGUUAUUUUGAUAGAUAAUACACAGCAAAGUCUAUAAAUGUUCAUAUUAAUUAAUAAUACAUUUUGUCAAUCAUACUAUUUGUCUUUAUUUUGCAUUGUUGAAGAAUAUAUACAGUACCAGUCAAAAGUUUGGACACACCUACUCAUUCCAGGGUUUUUCUUUAUUUUUAC